UGGGGCCUGGGCCCCAGGCCUCACAUUCCGUCCGGUCCCAUCCCCGCCCCAUCCCUCCACGGGAGCCGCUGCCGCCUCCUCCGCGCUCAGGCCGCACGCAGAAGCCGGCUCCUCUCCAGAGUAUCUCCCCCUUCAUCCUCUGGCCCCAGAGAAGCCUCCCCCCCACCAGGCUAGAGGGUUGGUAGCCACAGGCUCAGAGUGACUUCUUCCAGCUCUCGUUGUCCCUUUCUUCAAACCAGGUGUACAGGAAGGGCUUGGGAGGGCCUGCCUGCUCCCUUAGGUGCCCCCUUUGACGAGGCGGCCUUCUCCCCACCCUGGGCUCUCAAGAUGGGCGAGUAUAACGAGAAGAAGGAGACAUGUGGUACCAUCUGCCUGAAAUACCUGCUCUUCACCUUCAACUGCUGCUUCUGGCUGGCCGGCCUGUCUGUCAUGGCCGUGGGCAUCUGGACGCUGGCCCUCAAGAGUGACUAUAUCAGCCUCCUGGCUUCCAACACUUAUCUGGCCACGGCCUAUAUCCUGGUGGUGGCCGGAGCCGUGGUCAUGGUAACGGGCAUCCUGGGGUGCUGUGCCACCUUCAAGGAGAGGAGGAAUCUGCUUCGGCUGUACUUCAUUCUUCUGCUCAUCAUCUUCCUCCUCGAGGUCAUUGCGGGCAUCCUGGCUUACAUCUACUACCAGCAGUUGAGCUUGGAGCUGAAGGAUAACCUUAAGGAUACCAUGGUCCAGAAAUACCGCCAGCCCGGCCAGGAAGGGGUGACUGCGGCUGUGGACAAGCUGCAGCAGAAGUUCAAAUGCUGUGGGAGCAACAAUUCCCGGGACUGGCAGGAGAGCGUGUGGAUUCAGUCGGCAGAGGCUGAGCACCGCAAGUUUCCAGACAGCUGCUGUAAGACCGUGGUGGAAGGCUGUGGCCAGCGGGACCACGCGUCCAACAUCUAUAAAGUGGAGGGCGGCUGCAUCACCAAACUGGAGACCUUCAUACAGGAUCACCUGAAGAUCAUCGGGGCUGUGGGCCUGGGCAUUGCCUGCGUACAGAUCUUUGGAAUGAUUUUCACCUGCUGUCUGUACAAAAGCCUGAAGUUGGAACAUUACUAGGCCCUGGCCCCGGGCACAGGUGCCUGGCCUGCUGCCCGAGGGCAUCAUCCUGCCUCCCACUAAGUUAUUCCCACCCACCCUCCUUUCUUUUUAUUACCCAAGCUAUUCAGGCCAAGUGUGACUACUGCAGAAAGACUACUGCCUGGGGGCCCUGCCUGCCUCCCACCCUGGGGUGGGGGAGGGGGCCAGCAUAUGGGGUGUCCCCCUACCCUAGUGGGGAAGGGGGGUGGGCAGAGCUGGAAGGAAAGGUCCCCCUGAUUAAGGGGGGGCCUCCUUGUCUCCAAAAGUCCCUAGGUUGACCCCUGAACCUCAGCCCUGUGACCCCAGGGGUGGAUUCAAGUGCCUUGCCGGUCUCUGGCCCAAUUACCCCCUCACUCAAGGCUCUCAAUUAGACUGUCUGGGGAACCUCUGGGGCCCACUCCCCCCUGGCCUGGGGGAGGCCAGUGUGUCUGUGUUGUUGGGGGGUGCAGAUGGGCUGCAGGCCCUGGGGUCCUGAGGCUCAACCAGGCUCCCCCAAGAGAGAUUAGAUGUCAGUCUGGGAGUGGGUUUGGACAAUUGGGGAGACUCCGGAGGUGCCUUCCAACUCCUUCUGUGAUUCUGGGAUGUUUAAGUAAAACCCACCCCCCCUUC